AUAACAUAAUAUAUUAAAUUAUACAAAAGUACAGCUUUUGUGUAAAAUAACUAUUACAAUAAAAUACGAUAUAUACCUGAAAAAUAAUAUUUAAAUUAUUUUCUAAACAAAGCGAUUACGCCCUUUGUUGUACAUACAUAUACGAGUGCAUUUUCUCACCCAAUUAACAAAAACAAACAUAUAAAAUUGUGAUAAUUGAACUAUAUUAAUCAGUUGAAUUAUUUUAAAAAUCAAAUACAAAAAAAAGUGAAAAAUCAAUAACAUAUAUAUACAAACUCUUAAAUAAAUUCUAACGAAAAGCGAGCGAAAAAUUUAAAAAAACAAACAAACUUUUUAUUACGUAAAUGAGUGAAAAACUUGAAAAUGGUUCUGGAAAAAAUGGAAAUUUCUUUAUAAACUUUAAUCAAGACUUUAGCUCAUUAUCUGUGGUUUCCAACAACGGUUAUCGCCUGUUUUCCGUACAAUCCGUCGAUCGGGUUGACGAGAUAUUUUGUAACAAUGAUCAAGAUACGCGAAUCGCGGAGCGCCUCUUCAGCAGCAGCCUCGUUGCUGUCGUCUCUAAAACGGAGCCCAACAAGUUGAAAGUGUGUCACUUUAAGAAACUAACGGAAAUAUGUAACUACAGCUACCCGAAGGACAUUCUUCGGGUACUGUUGAACCGAUCUCGCUUGAUCGUGUGUCUCGUCGAUGCGAUUUACAUCCAUAACAUACGGGACAUGCGUUUGUUGCAUUCCAUUAAGAAUUUGGCGGAAAAUCCGUUGGGUUUGUGCACGUUAUCCAUGAACUCGCACCUGGCCUACCCGACGUCCGAGACAACGGGCGAGUUGCAAGUCUACGAUGCCGGUAAUUUGUCGCAACGCGUCAAAAUUGCGGCUCACGCAUCGCCACUCUCCGCCAUGAGCUUCUCCUUCAAUGGAAUGCUGUUGGCAACGGCUUCGCAAAAGGGCACCGUAAUUCGGGUCUUCUGCACCAAGAAUGGACAGAACUUGCACGAGUUCCGACGUGGUGUCAAGCGCUAUGUGACAAUCGCAUCGCUCACUUUCAGCAAUUGCGCCAACUACAUCGUCGUCAGUUCCAAUACGGAAACUGUGCAUGUCUUCAAGUUGGACGCGAAAGUUUUGGAGGAAGUUGAGCGGAUCAAUGCCCUGAAAAAUAACAAUGACGAGGACGGAGAGGCGGAAAAUGGCUCGGGUUUCAGUAUUACGGGACUUAUUUCGAGUGCUGCAUCCUACUUGAUUCCCACAAAUGUUCUCGUGCAAGAUCGGGCAUUCGCCAAUGUCCAGUUGAAGGAGGCCGGACAAAAGCACCAGGUUGUCAUCAGUAAAUUAGAUAAGGAAUUACGGAUAAUGGUUGCAUGUGAAGAUGGAUUUUUAUAUGUGUAUGAUUUUGAUGAGGAGAAAGGAGGUGACUGUAAAAUUACAAAAGUUCAUGAUUUGAGAGGAAACUUACAUGGAGUAAUCGAGGUUGACAAUUGUGGUAAUGAUUUGGAUGUACCAAUGGAACAAUCUGUGGCUGUGCACAAGAUGACCACCUCGGUUGCUCCUGCAACUUUUGCAGGUGUCUUAAAGGGCCGUCCAAAAGACAGAAUGUCAGUAGAUUCGGACAAAUGUCGUGACUUGAUCGAUGCUGUUCAAAUUCCAAUUAAGAAUACAAUUCCAUUGUUUGAUGAUGCCCAAUUUCCACCCGUAGCCGUCGUUGCUGCUGAAUGACAAUCACAACAACAACAACAACAUGGAGGACACGAUGGAACAACUACCAAGGGCAAUAAUAAAGGAUCUAAGCAUAUUUAUGUUAUUGAAACUUUUUAAGAUGGAGCGGAAUAUGAAAAUUGAUCAUAAUAAUAAUAACAAACAUAUUUAAAAAAAAUAA